GAGGCAGUGUGAUGGCCCUGGACGGCGAGCGGGGGGAGCAAGAGGAGGAGAAGAAAAAGAAGAAGAAGAAAAAGAAGAGGAGGAAGAAGAAGAAGGAGGAGGAGGAGGGGGCUGAGAAGAGCAGCUCACCCUUCGCGGCCACGAUGGGGGAGAACGACACCGCGCUCCGGGCCGGCGGCAGGGGGCUCUCGGACCCGUGGGCGGACUCCGUUGGUGUGCGACCCCGCACCACCGAGCGCCACAUCACUGUGCACAAGCGGCUCGUGCUGGCCUUCGCUGUGUCCAUCGUGGCGUUGCUCGCGGUCACCAUGCUCGCGGUGCUGCUCAGCUUGCGCUUCGACGAGUGUGGGGCAAGCGCAGCGCCGGGCGCCGACGGCGGCCCCGCCGGCUUCCCAGCGCGCGGCGGUAACGGGAGCCUUCCGGGUUCCGCCCCGCGCAACCACCACGCUGGUGGCGACUCCUUGCAGCCCGAGGCAGGCGGGGAGGCCACCCCUGGGACUCCGUCCGCCCAGCCGCCGUCGGAGGAGGAGCGGGAGCAGCGGCAGCCCUGGACCCGGCUGCGCCUGUCGGGCUACCUCAAGCCGCUGCACUACAAUCUGAUGCUCACCGCCUUCAUGGAAAACUUCACCUUCUCCGGGGAAGUCAACGUGGAGAUCGCGUGCCGGAACGCCACCCGCUACGUCGUGCUGCACGCCUCCCGGGUAGCGGUCGAGAAGGUGCAAGUGGCCGAGGACCGGGUGGCCGGGGCUGUCCCGGUGGCCGGCUUUUUCCUCUACCCGCAAACCCAGGUUUUGGUGGUGGUGCUGAAUAGGACCUUGGACGCGCAGAGGAAUUACAACCUGAAGAUCAUCUACAACGCCCUGAUCGAGAACGAGCUCUUGGGCUUCUUCCGCAGCUCGUACGUGCUCCACGGGGAGAGAAGAUUCCUUGGUGUUACUCAGUUUUCACCUACACAUGCCAGGAAGGCAUUUCCUUGUUUUGAUGAGCCAAUCUACAAGGCUACUUUCAAAAUCAGCAUCAAGCAUCAAGCAACCUAUUUAUCUUUAUCCAAUAUGCCAGUGGAAACUUCGGUGUUUGAGGAAGAUGGAUGGGUUACGGAUCACUUUUCACAGACCCCUCUCAUGUCCACAUAUUAUUUAGCCUGGGCAAUUUGCAACUUCACAUACAGAGAAACUACCACCAAGAGUGGGGUUGUAGUACGAUUAUAUGCAAGACCUGAUGCCAUCAGAAGAGGAUCCGGGGACUAUGCUCUCCAUAUAACGAAGAGAUUAAUAGAAUUUUAUGAAGACUACUUUAAAGUACCCUAUUCCUUGCCAAAACUAGAUCUCUUAGCUGUGCCUAAACAUCCAUAUGCUGCUAUGGAGAAUUGGGGACUCAGUAUUUUUGUGGAACAAAGAAUACUGCUGGAUCCCAGUGCUUCAUCUAUUUCUUAUUUGCUGGAUGUCACCAUGGUCAUUGUUCAUGAGAUAUGUCACCAGUGGUUUGGUGACCUUGUGACUCCUGUGUGGUGGGAAGAUGUAUGGCUGAAAGAAGGUUUUGCUCACUACUUUGAGUUUGUUGGUACAGACUACCUUUAUCCUGGCUGGAACAUGGAGAAACAGAGGUUUCUGACAGAUGUUCUGCAUGAAGUGAUGCUGCUUGAUGGCGUGGCCAGUUCCCAUCCUGUGUCACAGGAAGUGCGACAGGCAACCGAUAUUGACAGAGUGUUUGACUGGAUCGCGUAUAAAAAGGGUGCUGCUUUAAUUAGAAUGCUGGCUAAUUUUAUGGGCCAUUCAGUAUUUCAGAGGGGUUUGCAAGAUUACUUAACCAUUCAUAAGUAUGGCAAUGCAGCCAGAAAUGAUCUCUGGAAUACACUAUCAGAGGCUUUAAAAAGGAAUGGAAAAUAUGUAAACAUACAAGAAGUAAUGGAUCAGUGGACUCUGCAGAUGGGUUAUCCUGUUAUCACCAUCUUGGGAAAUGCAACAGCAGAAAAUAAAAUAAUUAUUACCCAACAACAUUUUAUUUAUGACAUCAGUGCUAAAACUAAAGCACUUCAACUUCAAAACAGCAGUUACCUGUGGCAGAUUCCUUUAACUAUUAUGGUAGGAAAUAGAAGCCAUGUGUCUUCAGAAGCAAUUAUUUGGGUGUCUAACAAAUCAGAGCACCACAGAAUAACUUCUUUGGACAAAGGAAGCUGGUUGCUGGGGAACAUCAAUCAAACUGGCUAUUUUAGAGUCAACUAUGAUUUAAGGAAUUGGAGAUUAUUAAUUGAUCAGUUAAUCAGGAACCAUGAGGUUCUCUCCGUCAGUAACAGAGCAGGUUUGAUUGACGAUGCGUUCAGCCUCUCCAGAGCUGGCUAUUUGCCUCAGAAUAUUCCCCUGGAGAUUAUCAGAUACCUGUCUGAGGAGAAGGAUUUUCUUCCUUGGCACGCUGCCAGCCGAGCCCUUUAUCCUCUAGAUAAAUUACUGGACCGAAUGGAGAAAUACAACGUCUUCAAUGAAUAUAUUUUAAAGCAAGUCGCAACAACGUACAUCAAGCUUGGAUGGCCAAAAAACAAUUUUAAUGGAUCUCUUGUUCAAGCAUCCUACCAACAUGAGGAACUGCGCAGAGAAGUGAUAAUGCUGGCGUGCAGUUUUGGCAACAAGCAUUGUCACCAACAGGCAUCCACGCUUAUUUCAGAUUGGAUUUCCAGCAACAGGAACAGAAUACCACUGAAUGUCAGAGACAUCGUCUAUUGUACAGGAGUUUCACUGUUAGACGAAGAUGUCUGGGAAUUCAUAUGGAUGAAAUUCCACUCCACCACAGCAGUUUCUGAGAAGAAGAUAUUGUUGGAAGCCUUAACUUGCAGUGAUGACAGGAAUUUGUUAAAUAGGCUUCUGAAUCUGUCGCUGAAUUCUGAGGUGGUGCUGGAUCAAGAUGCAAUUGAUGUGAUAAUCCAUGUAGCUCGAAAUCCACAUGGCCGAGACCUUGCCUGGAAAUUUUUCAGAGAUAAAUGGAAGAUAUUAAAUACCAGGUAUGGAGAAGCAUUAUUUAUGAAUUCCAAACUUAUCAGUGGAGUUACAGAAUUUCUUAAUACUGAAGGUGAACUCAAAGAGCUAAAGAACUUCAUGAAGAGCUAUGAUGGAGUAGCCGCUGCCUCUUUCUCAAGAGCCGUGGAAACUGUUGAAGCCAAUGUGCGUUGGAAAAUGCUUUACCAGGAGGAGCUUUUCCAAUGGUUAGGAAAAGCUCUGAGACAUUGAUACAUGUCUCAUAAACAAUUCAGCUUGGAAUUUUGUGAGACCUGCUUUAUGUGGAAUGAGGAAACUGUGCUAUGUGCAAAAUGGCCAGAUUUUCAGUGUUAACAUGUGGGAGGAAAUUUUUUUUAAAAUUUUUGGUUUGGGGAGAAUUAUUUAUUUGUUUCAUUCAUUCUGUUUUGUUUCUCUGCUGCGUGUUCUCUAAAGAAACUCUUGCAAGUGAAACUAGCCAUGAUUGCUGCAGCUGUACAUUCGUACAGGACCAAAUAUGAUAGUGGUGCAUGCUGUUGCAGUCAGUUUGGAAAAACAUACCCAGAAUAUUUUGUGCAUGGUUGUGUGGUCCUGCCUGUGUUCCAGCAUGCUUAUUUAAAGUGUCCAGUGUUGUAUGUGAAUAUAUGUUACCUCUAGGAUGGGCAUUAUGCAAAAGCACAAAGAUUAUCUAUGACAAUCAGUGUUGCAGUGAAAGAAAAACUUAAAAGGGGAAGCAUAUUCUUAGUCUUGGGCAAUGUGAGAGGUAAAAUAGACCUUCAAGUGAUCACUGUCACUUAUUUCAGCACUUGGAUUGUCUUGUGAUGAUAACUGUGUUGCUAACUCAUUUUCUUUGAGUUAAAGCUGUGUAUAUGUUUAAAAAGGCAUAUAGAGAGUGUAUGCAUAUGUUUAUGUACAUAGGGAAGCCCUAUAUGUAUAUAGUAUGUUGUACACUGUACUUGCGCAAAGAAACUCUUCAGAUCAAGAAAAACUUAUCUCUUUUUAUAAAUUUCUGCAGAUUUUGAAAAGGCUUGAGAUAAUUUAUCUCAAUAUUAUCCUUCCUGACAAUUUCCUAAGUUUCUCAACUGUUAUGGAUUUUUUUUUCAUCUACUUCCUGAACAAUGGUCUAUUCUACUGCAUAAAAAUGAAUUCAAACAAAAUUUAUGUAUAAAAACUCUUCUAAUUUUCCUAAGUUGUAGCCUAGCAUCCUCAAUAUAGAGUCUGUCAUCAUUUUGGCCAAACUUCAUAUUGCAUAAAACAGUUGUGUGCACUUAAUAAUUAUCAAUGCUGAGAAAGCAUUUAUUGUCCAUCUUGUUCAUUUUUUCCAUCUCAUGUUGGGUAUCAAGAGAGUUAAAAACUGUGUGUUGGUCUUUGUGACUGUGUGAGUCUUAUCCCCCAUUCAGCAUCCACACCUCAUGUGGGUCUAGUAGCAUUUAAUGACCUUUGAUGUUGACUGUACCAUCCAUUGAGAUGAAAAGUUACUUUUCUUGAGCAAAGCUCUUCCUUUGGCUUUGGCUACUCUGUUUUACCUGGGCAUUUUGUAUAACCCUUUUCAUGGCAGUACGUUAUGUAACACAAGUGCUUCUAAAUGGUAUUCUCACCCAGUUGGCUAGCUCUCCAACCAUUGCUUAGAUGCUCCAAAAUGAACAUAUUUUAUGUUUACCAUUAUAAAAUACCAAUACAAUGACUGUACAUAAGCCAAAUGUUUGUGGACCACUUACUGUUUUCCUGAGGUUUUCCACUCCACCAACUCUUCUUGCAAAUCAUUGAAAGAAAUACAUUCUAGUAGUCAUUGAGAACCAGGAAAACAACCAGGUAUUUUAGAAACCAGUACUAUGGAUUUAUUAUAAGUUUGUAGUAAAGAGCAAUUUCCUAAUCCAUAGAACAAAUAUCACCUAAAAUUGAAUUUUAUCUUUUUAGCAACUAAUAUCUAUACUCAUACAUAAAUUUUUCAUCAUUUGAUUAAAUCAAAUGAAAUUUAAAUAAGCUAUGUGGCUCUAGUAAGACAUAGUAAAGCUUAGUAGAAAACCUAAAAAUCAUUGUACCUCUCAGAAGUGAUGAAAUUCAGUUAGUACAUGUCACAUAUAUGAAAUCCUUAAGGGAUAAAUUAUGAAACAUAACAAUAAUAAAUAUCAUACUUCUGUGCAGGUCCAAAACAUGUACUGUGUCACCACUGGAUUCAUGUGACAGUGAAGAUAAAAAAUUAGAGGUAGAUGUCUUGCUUUAUGUCGUGAAUUACUGAAAAUUCUUAGUAGUUAUAACAUUCUUUUGAGUGAAAUCAUUACUUCCAGAUUUGAGUUAGAAGGGCUUUUACAGUUUUUUUCCUCCCCACUGUUAAUAACCUUAAUCCUCUUCCAGUAUUUUAGUGGCCUUGAACAACUGGUUUAGCUACAGUGUCAAAUCCUAAGUGUAUAUUAUGUGCAAUGUUCAAUACCUCAUAUAAUACUCGUUCAACAGUAUAGUGGGUCAGUGGCGUUGAGGUGGAAUUUUUGUUUUACAUAUUUUUCAAUAAUUUAUCCUUUCCAAUGUUCAAGAUUAUAUCAGGAUUUAAUGUUUUUUAGUUGUUUUAAUAGUAAUAUUUUCAAAAUAAUAAAAUGAUCAAUGAUAUCUCUUGGAAUAUUCUGUAAAUGUAGUUAUAAAGUUCUAUUUUCUACAUAGAGUUUUUAUCUUUUUUCCCUUGGUCUGUUUUAGAAAUCAUAUAUAUGCAUGAAAUAGCAAAUUGUUCAAAGUGUCCAACAUCUAGGCUAAAAACUUCACUAUGCCAAUAAAUGUACAACAGCAAAACUUGGUUUCAAUUAGGAAGAACUAAUUUAUUUACCAUACUGACUAUUAAGUAUCUGUAGGUAACUUAUAAAUAAAAACUUUUUGCCAUUUUUACAUUUUCCCUUAAACUUUUCUUGUAAUCUUUGAGGAUUUUUUAAAUACACAAAUGCCACCUCUAAGGCUAUUAUUUGCAAUACUAGAUUUAUUCUUGUUUCAAUAAUAUGGAUUUGGGCUGGAAACUAUAAUCAGUUUGGUUUAUAUUAUUUUUCCAGAAUAAUUAUAUCUUAGGACUGCGAUUUUUGUUUUAGUGCAAUUCAUAAAUAUUAUAGCUACAAUAUCUUACAAAGUUAUUAAAAUUAUACCAAAUAUUUAUAAUUGCAUUUCAUUUUCUAAUAAGUUUUACACAUGUUACUUCACGUGACUCCUUUCAAAAACAUAAUAAAUUAUAUUAGCCCUCACAGUCUGAUAAGAAAACUGAGGCUCUGAGUAGAAACAUGAGCUAUUUAAAAUUACAUAGUUGUUAUUUUGGCAACUUGUACAACUACAAUAGGAAGACAUAUUUGAAAUACCUCUCUUGCAUUAGUUGGAGAUUUUUCCAAAUACAAAAAAAAAACCCCAAAAAAUCUGUGAUCAAAUAUAUCUAUAAUAAUUAUAUUAUUUUUUAAAGCCUGUACUUCUAGUUCACAUGAUAUCAGUCAAGUGGAUAAAAUGUUAAUCAGCAUUCACUUUGGUCAGCAUAAGUCGCCAAAUAUUGGGACAAAAAUAUAGCUCAUUGAUUAUAGUUUUCUUUUUUUUAUCUUUUGGUGGACAUUGUUUAAACAUGACCUUAACAUACUGAUGAUUUGCUUUAUUUUCCACACAAAUUUAUCUGAUACACUCUGUUGUAACAGGUGGUCAUGUCGCAGAUAAAAUGGUAUCUAUCGAAAUCAAUGGACAUGAUAUUCAGUAAAAUGUUUAUAAAUCUAUGGGAACUAAAUUAUGAAGGAACAGUUUCUGUGCAACUGUAGUACUGCAUUAAAUGCAGUAAAGGGAUUUCUAAAGAAUGUUUACAACAAUAUAUUUAAUUAAAACCUAUGAGCUAUUAAAAUUUUUAAGGAAUCUUUUUUUCCAAGAAGUCAGAAACAUAAAAUAGAUCGUUAUUUUCCUCAGUACACCCAAGAGGUAACCACAUAUGCCAAUAUUAAAGGAGUAGGAAAAGCUCAUAUAAUGAGACAUGAAGAUUUCCACCCCUGUUUUUCCCCUUUAUUAGAAAUCACAGCUGACUUAUUAUUAUUUGACACUGCUAAUUAUAUAGGACAGAAUUCAAUAUAAUUAAACAAAUAUUUAUUGAGCACCUAUUACCUCACAAAGCACUUUAUGAGAAGAAAGGGAGGAAGGGGAGAAUAAGGCCUAGAGGAAUUCACAGCACAAUAAAUAUACCAACAGAGAGAAAUAUGAACCAAUCAGCACGAGAGCAACAUGAAAAAUGAUUACAUGCUAUAGAAGAGAAGCUAAAUACUUCUUAGCUAUAGACAGUAUUUUGCAUUAUUGUUUUAUACUAGUUCUCAGAACUUUUAUGGUACUUCAGGAUAAUUCUCAUUGUGUUUUUUCACAGCUCUUAACUGUGUUUUGCAGAAAUGUGUACCAUUUAGGAAAUGUAACAUUUAGAAACCACAUAAUUUAAACUUUAUAAUUGGAAUAUAAAUUGGGAUAUAAUUUAUCUUUUAGAAAGUUGUUUGAGAGAUUUAAUCAUGUCAUUAAGUUGCAGGAAGAAUGUUUAACCUACUUAUAUAGAAGUAUUAGAGAAAAGUAGUUUUCUAGAAUGGUUUUAGCAUACUAUUUGUAUAUUCACAAUGUGUUGAUUUUAAACUAAUCAUAUAUUCUUUAAAGCAAGUUGAACAAUUCUUAUCCUAGGCAAUAAUAUAUUUUUUCAAAUUACGAUGUAUAUGUGAACCUUUGAGUACAAAAAUGUUCUUGUAAAAUAUUCUAAAAUUCCAACUUUUAAUUAUGUAAGAGUAACCUUCAGUUCAGUUGCUUUGAGUUGAUAAGGAGGGAUUUUUGUUAAAUAUUUUGUUUAAUGUGGUUUAUAUGCAAGAGAAAUCU